AUGCUUCAGGAAAUCAUCAGUCCCCUCGAGACCGAUCCAUUUGAUGUUUUGAAAUCCAUUUGCGACCAUCUUUUCGAAGAUGAUGAUGCAACAUUUUCUGGACCAGCUACUGCAAUCACGUACUCGAGGAGUUCAAGCUUCAGCAAUCUCUUACCGUCGGAGACUUGGAGCGAAUUGCCUCUACAAAUCGGGGAUUCGGAGGACAUGCUGAUGUACGGUGCUGUGUGUGACGCGCUUGAUUCUGGGUGGGCAAUACCUUCGUCUUCGAAUCAAGAACUUGAUUUUGAAGUGACGACGGUCGGUUGUAACAACAUUGGUUCAGCGAUGGAGAAGAAACUGGAGAUGGUGGGGCAAGAGGUACAAGUGCCGGUCGAGAAGACGCAUUAUAAAGGAGUGAGGAGGCGGGCGUGGGGAAAAUACGCAGCCGAGAUAAGGGACCCCAAGAAGAACGGCGCAAGGAUUUGGCUCGGGACUUACGAGACGCCCGAGGACGCGGCAUUGGCCUAUGACCGGGCUGCUUUCAAGAUGAAGGGGUCCAAGGCCAAGGUCAACUUCCCUCAUCUCAUCAGCUCGGCCGAGUACGAGCCGGUCAGGGUCAGCCGCAAGCGUUUGUCGGCCGAGCCUAGCUCCCCAUCCGCGCCCAGCGAUGACGGCUCGGUGACGAGGACGAAGAGGAGAAAGAAGAGAGGUCAAUCUGGAUGCUGAGAUGGGUUUUGGAACUCCAACUCCCUUUCCCAUAUUGGAAAUGGGUUUUUGGAGUGGGGAUGAACAAUUUGUACUUUGAUCAUGCAAACAGCAAAGGUAUUGGUUUGAUCAUUGAGAAAUCAAUCGGGCAAUUUAUCUUGUAGUUUUUGUGUGUGAGCUUCAGCGAUCUUUUGCUACAUGCAA